GUUGCCUCCCAAGGAUUAAGAGCUGAAGGAACAUGGCCCAACUCCACCUCUGGUUCUUGGUCCUCUUUCUGUUCACGGAGCCAAGAGCUUCCAGAGAGAAUGAUGCCCCAAUAAUGGUGACAGGGAUUCUGGGAGAGUCAGCUACCCUACUCGUAGAAAUACCAACUACAUAUAAACUUGAGAACAUAAACUGGUUUUCCCGUACAUCAGUUGCUUUUGUGCAACCAGAAGGAACAUCAUUCAACAUCAUUACAACCCAUCAAAAUUAUAAGGGACGACUGAGUAUCCCACCUGAGACAUACAACUUGAAGAUUAGCCCACUGAAGAUGGAGGAUGCUGGACCCUACAGAGCUGACAUAAAUCUUCAGACCCCUACAACUACCACCAGCAUCACCCUCACCAAGAACUAUACCCUGCAUGUCUACAGACGACUGGCACCACCAAAAAUUACUUCUGAUCUUGUAGCCUCUCAGAACAACACCUGUAACAUCACUCUGACAUGCUUCAUGGAGGAGGGAGGAGAAGCUGUGAAGUACCAGUGGACUCCUCUGGGAGAACAAGCUGUUGAAUCUGAUGGGAAAUCUAGGCUUUUCAUCUUCCAAAAACCUGAGGACUCUCAUAUAAAUUACACAUGCACAGCCAUAAACCCUGUCAGCAACAACUCUCAAUCUAUACUUCUUCAACAACCCUGUGCAGGACGGAGUGGAAAGGAGAGAGAUUGGAAGGAGGGAGACGAUUAUAAAAUCCCUUACAAAAACCCAGGAAGGUCCUCUAGUUCACUCUGGUUUAUACUGGUGCCUCUCCUUGUAAUAGUAACUUCAGCUGGGAUAUUGUUUUAUCUACAACGCAAGAAAACAGAAGGUGCUGAUUCACAACUCACUUCCCAGAUCAGGACUCCAAAGGACUUUCUGCCACCUGCAGAGAACCGAGUCUAUGAUGAAAUUAGCGUGCCCAAGGUAAUUGUCUCCAAACCUCAGAAGGAAGAAGAAGCCUUAAAUACAAUUUAUUACACAGUGCAAAAGCCCAAAAAGAUGGAAAAUUCUUACUCAUCUUCUACCAAACUUCUUGGGACCUCUGCCAAUGAGGCUGUGAUCUAGAGACAGAGAAGCUUAUUCUCUUCCCAGGAGUGGACGUUUGAUGGCAGGAAGACUUCAGCCUGUUAAAAGAAAUAUUGGUUCAGGCCUCAUACUGGUCAAUGAGGCAAACUCAGGAAAAGAAGGAGAAAGUAUUUUAUUAGCACACCAAGGCAGCAAGCAGUUAGAGUGCAGCCAGACCCAUUACGAACUGAGCUGGUUUUUAUAGACUGGAGUAAACAACUUCUAUAUAAGAGCAGAAGUAUGUUGAUUGGUGAUGCAGCACUAUAAUUGGACCUACAUCAUUCCUCUGUCUUUAACUGCAUCAUCUUAAUCUGGGCUGCCUGUAAUACAGGGUAGGCCUUGAGAGUAGUGCCUUACACUGGGGGAGACACUGUAAACAUGAGCAACAUACAAUCCCCAUCACAAAACACCUGAAAAGAUCCACAAACAUAUUCCAGCCAUGAGAGAUCAGAAAGCCAAAUAAUUCUUAUAUUUUCUCUCUCUGUGAAGUCCUCACAAGAAUUAUCUCCCGCUCAAUCUGACCCCAUGCCCAAGAGGGGUAUCCCUUCCCUCAAGGCCAAGGGGACAUGUGCAUGUAUCCAGCAGCUGGUCCAGUUAAAGUCAUGGCUGGCAUUUUUGGAUUACACAUACGUAAGUGUUGAGUAUCCUGCUCCCCCAUCUGCUAGGGCACAAAGCAUGGCAUAAAGUGAGGAAAACAAAUACAUGGUAGAUUGCAGAUGACGUAUUAGGUCCUAAUUAUCAGAAUCAAACACACAGGUGACCAAGGACCACUGAUUGUUGUUGGGGUUUCUUCCCAGUUUAACUGGGUCCAGGGGCUGAUCAGAGGUUGCUUCUUCUGUUAGGUUGAGGUCAAUCACAGCAGGCUUCAGAUGGUAGUGAUGUAUCCAGGUUAUCCCCUUGGCACCCUUGAUGGCGGUAUGUGUGGUCAGCAGGAUCUGGAAAGGCCCAUUCCAAGAGGGCUGGAGAGUAGAUGUCUUCCUGAUGUUGUGGAUUCACACAUUGUCUCUUCACUCAAAUGAAUACAUCUGCUUUUCCAAAGGCAAAAUAGAUGUCAAGGCUCAUCAUCAAGGCCUCCUUCCAGAUCUGUGAACUGGACUGAGAUCACAUAUCUUAUCAGUCUUUCAUUACCUGUGGCCAGCCUCAGGCUCUGAGGGUCCAGCCUCCAAGUAGUAGGAGGUCAUCUACUGAACAGAAUUUCAAAAGGUGACAAUCCAUAAUCCUACCUACCAGAACAAUACAAGGGAAGUACCUGAAAACAUUUUAACUGUGUUUCCUGGCAUAAGUUUCCAAAAGGGUCUUACCUUCCCUAUUUAACCAUUCAACUUCCCCUGAUGAUUGUGUGAAUGAUAAGGAGUAUGCAGGUUCCCAAAUCAUUUGGAGAGUUGCUUAGUUAUUUCUGCAGUAAAGUGUGGCCCCUGGUCUGAGUCAAGACCAGAUCUUAGUAUUACGUCCUGGAUCAGACACCUUGAUACUGUCUUUGCCGCAGCAUGUUGUCACCGGAAAUGUCUCUAUUCAAUGGCUCAAUUGUUCUCUGCAUAGCAACACAUAUUUGUAACCUAUAGACUGGCAAUUCAAUAAAGUUAGUCUGCAGGUGUUUAAAUGGUAGGGUCACCCACUUUCUCCCCCUUUUGUCAUGGUUUUUUUCCUCAAGGAGUUGAAUGGUUGACAAGAAAGGCAGCUAGAGAUCAUACGAUGGGCCUCUGCAUCAACACCA